AUGCGGGCCCCUUUAAAGACUGAUGGCCUCGGCAGGAUCGACGACUUCGACCAGUUUGGGGCAAAAGAGUUCUACGAACGAAGCCUCAGAGCAUUGUUUGAUGAUGAGCCACUACCGCCGUACGCCUCACUCUCGCAGCCUGGGCCUUUGAGCAUUCUGCACCUACAACGCCCCGGGGCGGAGGAAGAUCUCUCAGAUGAUAUAUAUGUAGCCGGCCGUUUCUCCAACAUCCUGCAUUACGACCGGCGCAAGUUUCCGUCGAUCAGGGGCUCUGUCCACUCAGGCGCGAAACUAUGCAGCUUGACGUCGUUGCCCUACCCCUUCUCAACGCUGGACAGCGAACAACGUCGCCAGGGCCGCUUGUCGUUGGAUCAGGUACAGACGUCCAAGACUACCCCCGGUGGGCGGACUCUGAUUGCAUGCGGUGAAUACAACACAAAGGGUUCGCUCGAGCUCUACGGCUUGCUCCCGCCAUCGUCAAGUCACCCAUCUCUACCAGGUGGUCUGCAGAACUCGACGUUCAAGAACCGGCAUAAUGCCUCCUCCUCGAAGUUACUCUCAGUCAUUAACCAUGGCACACGAAUGGUCUUCUCAGAUGGGUCUGGCAAGCUGAAGUGGUUUGAGAGGGAUGGAUUCACCGAGGUCCGGAGAGCAAAGAUAGGUCACUCGGAGAGAGAACAAGCGCCAUCACUCUUCUCCUCCAUGCCGGGCUCUGACGACAUUGCCAGGAAGCUUCUGUCAACGCAGAACGACAGGGGCACUGACCGAGUCAACGACAAUGACAUAUUGUUCUGGACCGGUGAAAAGCUCGGGCUCGUGGGCUUCUCAUCUAAGCCCGGAUAUGUGGCCGAGGAUUUUGAGGAGCGAGCCAGAUCAGCUGAGGAGCUGGACCAGGAACGGAAAGAACGACUCUACAAGGAAGGCAUGCGUCGCGCUCUGGAAAGGCAGGCUGACGACGUCCGAUUCGUCAGGAACCUGGGCCUGAGGGCGUGA